AUGGAGAAAUAUGUCAAAAGAAAAUCAAAGUUGGAACCAUCUCUUCCUCAAGAAGAAGAUGAUCAUUAUUCUUCCACAAAACAAAGUCGCAUAGAAAUCAACUUAGUAGACCUUCCUGCAGAUCCAGGACUACAGGCUUGGAUUAUGGACUAUAAUGCUAACGGUCGAGACCAAAUUCGUAGGGCAUAUCUACAAAAAGGUCCUUGUCAACCUCGUGAUCAUAAUUUUCCACAAAAAUCAUUUGGACAAAAACUUCGGCAAUUUAAUCAGGCUUGGUUUAGUGAAUUUCCUAAUUGGUUGGAGUAUAGCGUAACAAAAGAUGCAACAUUUUGUUUAUGUUGUUAUCUUUUCAAACCCGAUAUUGGAGAUCAAGCUGGUGGUGAUUCUUUUGUUGGUGAGGGUUUCUCAAACUGGAAGAAAAAAGAAAAAAUUCAGACUCAUGUUGAAGGUCCUAAUAGUGCUCAUAAUCAAGUUUCGAGUAAAUGUCAAGACUUACAAGGACUUGCGCUUCGUGGGCAUGAUGGAUCUAAACAUUCAAGUAACCAAGGAAAUUUUCUUAAACUUCUUAAGUUUCUUGCUGAUCAUAAUAAAGAUGUCAAAGUGGUUGCAUUAAGCAAUGCUCCACAAAAUCUCAAGUUGACAUGUCCUGAUAUUCAAAAAGACAUUGUAAAUGUGGCUGCAUUUGAAACUAUCAAUGUGAUUAUUAGAGAUCUUGGUGAUGCACUUUUUUCUAUUUUGAUUGAUGAAGCCCGUGACAUAUCAAUCAAGGAGCAAAUGGCAGUUGUAAUACGAUAUGUUGACAAAAAAGGCCAAGUGAUUGAGCACUUUUUGGGUAUUGAGCAUGUUGCUAAUACAAAUGCUCUCUCACUCAAACAAGCUGUGGAAAAUUUAUUCUCCGGACUUGGAUUGAGUAUUUCCAGAUUGCGGGGUCAAGGAUAUGAUGGGGCUAGUAAUAUGCAAGGUGAGUUCAAUGGUCUUAAAACACUUAUACUGAAAGAGAAUCCUUGGGCAUAUUAUGUUCACUGUUUUGCUCAUCAAUUACAAUUGGCCCUUAUAGCCAUGGCAAAGAAUCAUAAUCAAAUUGCUUUACUUUUCACUUUGGUUUCUAAUGUGGCGAAUGUUGUUGGAGCAUCAUGUAAACGUCGAGAUAUUUUUAGGGAGAAGUAA